AUGAUCCUCUACCGCACUCAGACCUUUGAAGAGAAGGCACCCAAGGCAGAGAAGGCGCUCACGCCUGUGGCCAAGACCCCCAAAGCCAAGGUCUCCACGAAGAGCAAGGCGCCAAAGGCUGCGCCAAAGGCUGCCAAGCUGGAGGUUUCGGAGACCUCGUGGGCUGCGCAGCAGCGCAAGAAGAAGUCCGAGGUGGCCCAGGACUCUUGCGAGCAGGUGGCCCGAACCGUCAAGUCGAACAAGCUUACCCUUGAGAAGUUUGCGAGCCUCUCGCAGCAACUUCUGGCAUGCGGUGGCCUUCGCACUUCGACCCUCGUCGAGGUGCUGAUCCAUGAGGUGUUCGAGAAGGCCACCACCCAGCAUCACUUCAUUGAUAUGUAUGCGGACCCUCGCUCUGCAGCCUGGUGUGUCUGCAACGUUGACUGGAAUCGAAAAGCAGUGCCAACUGAGGAUCUCUGCGUCCUGCUCCACGAGCACUUUACAGCCCAGCCUUUCGAGGCAGAUGGCCGUAAGAUGACUUUCAAGAGGCUGCUGCUGGACGAGUGCCAGUCUCUGUGCUGCAUGCAAGCAGACUGUGAUGAGACGGGUUGUUACGACCACAUGGUGCGCUACAAGACGAGCAUGUUGGGCAACAUCCGCCUGGUUGGCGGCCUUCUUAGCCGCGGGAUGCUGGCCAGCCGGGCGGUUGGCAUCGCUAUCCUGGAGGACGCCACAGCGCAGGGGCAGGGGGCCUUGGAAUCCAUUGCUGCGAUGCUGACCGUUCUGGGUCCGGUGGCUGACAACACGGAGCUUUGGAUGGAAGAGAGGGAGUGGCCGCAGUACACCGCGCUGACCGGCGUGUUUGAUCAGAUUCUUGGCCAUGAUAUGCGGAUCUCCACCAUCGUCAAGGCCAAGAAGUGCCCGUCUCGUGAGCGCUUCCUCCUGAAGGAUGACCUCCUGGACCUUCGUGCUGCCCGCUGGGUGGACAAGAGGCCCAAGAAGAUUGAGCGAGCGAUGACCCUGGCGCAGGUGGCAGACAGUGCAGCCGGGCGCAAGGUACAGGAGCGCCUCAUCCGCAAGGUGGCCUCCAUGCCCGCACCAACGGUGGUGCCAGUGCCAGCCUUCGACCAGGACAAGUUCCGCGAGGGCGCCAAAAAGGCGUUGAUUGAGCUCCGCCACAGCGGCUGCGUUGAUGAGGCCGUCGACCGCAUGAAGGCUUUUGGCGUGCCUCCGGCCGCCAAGCAGGCUGCCGAAGUCUCUGAGAUCCUGUGCUUUGCCGUGCAGGAGGGAACCCCCUCCGUGCGUGAGCUGGACCUCAAAGCCUUGCGAGCAGUGGUGGAGCAGGGCUGGAAGAAGGACGCAAUCGCUCAGGGCGCGGCCCUCUUCGUGAAGGAGGUGGCCCCUGACCUGGCCUUCGAUGUCCCCGGCCUGCCAAAGAUCCUCGCCGAGGAGCUGAGCGUGGUGCUGCCAGAGGCAACGGAUGCUGUCAACGGCUUCCAGGGAUGA